ACAGGCUAUGCGCAGUACGCAGAGCGCGCGGAUCGAGGCGCUCACAGUGUUUUGACGGAGCUGCUGCUGCGCGCGGGGCAGUGAAGAUGGGACGCGCGUGGAUUCUGUUCACGGUGACGCUGUUGAUCAUCUUCCAUACAGGCUGGACCAAGCCAGUCAUCACUCCCAACGUUCCUCACCUGGUGAUCCUGAAGGGAGGGCAACUGGAGCUGCAUUGUGAUGAUGACACAGAAGCAGGCGUGGGCAAAGUGAGGUGGCAGCGAGAGAAAGGCAAGAGGAUUGAUGGAGACAGAGAGGAAGAUGGGGCCACUAUCAUCAACGUCUCCUCCGCCCAGCCACAACACAUGGGUCGCUAUACCUGUGUGAACACCCGAACAGAAGAGAAGAGUUCCAUCUACAUUUAUGUGAAAGAUCUGGAGAAUGCUUUUGUUCGCUCCAUGGUGAACGGCUUGCUCGUGAAAGAGGGUAUGGACUGCACUCUGCCGUGUCUGGUGACGGAUCCGGCCGUGACCGGGCUGUCCCUGCUAACCUGCUCUGGUGACCCCCUACCUGCCGGCCUUUCCUACAGCACGGAUUCACAUAAGGGCAUCACCAUCCACAACAUCUCCAAGACCUUUGAGGGAUGUUAUGUUUGUGCUGGCAACAUGGGAGCAGUUAUUGUGAAAUCCAGCCAGUACACCGUGGACGUACGACUAGUUCCAGACUCAGUGCCAGUAAUCCGUCUGUCCAGAUCAGAGAAUGUGAUAUUGAUCCAGGAUCAGGAGUUUACGGUGAUGUGCAGCACCACUAACGUCAACCAUGACUUCCACGUUUCCUGGGGCUUCCCUCCAAAAGUGAUGGCACUGGAGACGCACAAUUCCAAUAUCUUGAGUGGUUCUCGUGGAUAUACGCGCACAGCCAUAUUGUCCAUUGGCGCUGUUGGGCCGGCUGAUUCAGGGGUCUAUUACUGCCAAGCCCGGAAUGAGAGGGGAGUCUCAAACGCGACUGUUCAUCUCAGCGUCUAUGAGCGUGGCUUCAUUAACUUAACAGCAGGAGUGGAGAGGGCUGUGGAGGUGAGAGAGGGAGAGAGUCUGACUCUGCGAGUGGAAAUGACCUCCUACCCCAAACCCAGUGCUGUGUACUGGACCUAUAGCAACCAACAGCUGAAAAACACAUCCGAGCAUGUCAUCACGCUACACAACAAGCAGUACAGGUACAUCAGUGAGCUGAAGCUGGUUCGUGUUCACGGCUCAGAGGGCGGGAUCUACACAUUUUCAGCCAAUCACAGUUACACAAAUGUCAAUCAGUCCUUCUUCGUCCAUGUGAUCUGUAAGCCUAUGAUUGUUUCUCAGGAAGGUCCUAUUGAUGGACAGGUGAGGUGCGUCGCAUCAGGAUAUCCUGUACCGAAAAUCUCCUGGUACUACUGCGAAACUCCACACACACGGUGCUCCCAGCAGCUGAACGCCUCACAGCCGGAGGAGGACACUGCUGUCGUGACCGUGUCAGGGUCAGAGUUCGGACGCACUGAAGUAGAGAGCCGCCUUAACAUCAGCAAAGGAAAAUACCACACCCUGGAGUGUGUGGCUACGACACAGGGGGAACAGGCAUACACACUGUUCUCCAUCAGUGAGCGUACAGUUCCUCAUAAACUCUUCACUCCUCUGCUGACUGGAGUUGUUACAGCUUCGGUUUUGCUCACUCUGUUCCUGAUUGUGCUUCUCUACAAGUACAUGCAGAAGCCUAAGUAUGAGAUCCACUGGAAGGUGAUAGACAGCAUCCAUGGCAACAGCUACACAUAUAUAGACCCCACCCAGCUGCCUUACGACCCCAAGUGGGAGUUCCCGAGAGAGCGACUGCGCUUUGGUAAAAUCCUUGGUUCUGGAGCGUUCGGUAAAGUGGUGGCCGCUACUGCAUACGGACUCUGCUCACCUGAUACAGUCACCACAGUUGCGGUUAAGAUGCUGAAGCCAAGCGCUCAUUCCACUGAAAAAGAGGCUCUGAUGUCUGAGCUGAAGGUUCUCAGUUACCUUGGCAACCACAUGAACAUUGUCAACUUGCUGGGCGCCUGUACGGUCAGAGGUCCUACACUGGUUAUCACUGAGUACUGCUGCUAUGGUGACCUGCUGAACUUCCUCAGAAGAAAGAGAGAUGCGUUCUUCAGCUCUAAAACAGGAGACGGGUACUACAAAAACCUUCUCAGUCAAACACAGCCUUCAAGGGAAGGCACAGAUAAUGGAUACAUGCCAAUGAGGUCCUAUCAGAAGAGAUCUAAUCAGACAGAGGAUUUGCUCAGCUUCUCCUACCAAGUGGCCAAAGGCAUGGACUUCCUCACUUCCAAAAAUUGUAUCCACAGAGACCUAGCUGCAAGAAAUGUUUUGCUGACUCAUGGUCGGGUUGCCAAGAUUUGCGAUUUUGGUCUGGCUCGUGACAUCACCAAAGACUCCAACUAUGUUUUAAGAGGAAAUGCACGUCUCCCAGUGAAAUGGAUGUCCCCAGAGAGUCUGUUUUCCUGUGUGUACACGUUUGAAAGUGAUGUCUGGUCUUACGGCAUCUUGCUGUGGGAGAUUUUCUCUCUGGGUAACAGCCCGUAUCCUGGAGUUCCAGUCGGGUCCAUGUUCUACAAGAUGAUACAAGACGGAUACAGGAUGAGUGAGCCGGAGUUUGCUCCUAGUGAAAUCUAUGAAGUAAUGAGAUGGUGCUGGAGUGCUGACCCACUGAAGAGGCCGACCUUUAAGAAGCUUGUGGAGAGAACAGAGAUGCUGCUGUCUGAAACCACUAAACAUGUUUAUCUGAACCUCAGCUACGAGAGCAGCAACAGCAGCGACGCCUCAGAUCCGCCAAGCCUCCAGAGAGCGCAGUCUCAGCGGCUGAGUUCAGUCAGCAGCACCACGGCAGCCACCGAGCCUCUGCUGCCCCCCUCCAACAAUGACGUCUUCCUGGAAAACGAGACCUGCUAAGAACAGCCUGGCCUUGUUUAGCACUUCGGAUUAGCACCUCAUAUUAACACAUGUAUAUAAUGCACACAACUGUUUUUUUUUUUCCUUUUUGUUGUUUUAACCAGAACAGACUCAUCAGCCUUCCGUUAUAUUUGGCCUUUACUUUCCACUGUGGUAGACUUAGGGUGUUUUCACACUUGUCCUGAAAAAACGAGUUAGAACCCAAGGCCGAUUCUGGGCUUGUUUGGGGGAUGGGCUCAUUAUGACUGAUUUGUUUUCACACACAAGAACUUGAUCUGAAACAGAUCCAUUGUGGUGAGAGAGCGCUUUUUGGGAUGCUCUACAUUUUACCGAGCAGGAGCUCCUCCAAACCUGGUAUGACAAGUUUUUUCCAUCCAUGCAGGCUGAGGUUAAACAAAUGUUUAUCACCAUGCCGUCAGUAACCACAUGCACACCAGAAAUCUAAGCUAAUUACAGUACCCUCACCCAGUCCUAUCACAGUGUGGGUUUAUUAGGGUAUACUGGUGCAAAGGGAAAUAACACGACUAGUGGAAGUGUAAAAAAUUAACCACUCAUGCGACCCCACACCGAGCAAAGGGAGCAGAUAGCUUCCACAAAUGCAUCAGAAAUGUAGCAGAGUCAGCCUGAACCCCAGGCUACAGGUGUAAAAACGCCCUUAGUCCAAGUACUUACCACAUUUUUUCUUUUUUUUAAAGAACAGUACUUUUAUUCGCCUUGUCUUCCAUGUUGGUUAAACCCACUCAACACACUCUAAGCCCUGCAUGAGCGUCCUGUCCAUCCAGCCUAACUGCUGAUAUGUAAACGCUGCCGAGCACAGCUUGACGGUAUUGAUCCAUGCAGUAUUCUAAACGCACCAAGAGCUGAGUUGACAGUAUCUUACAGAGUCAGCACCAUUAACUGUUACUUAGUGUACUAGCAUCAGAUAGAUCAUCAUUAGAUCAGCAUAAUUACAACAUGCAUUUACCGAAAAUUAUUGAGAUGAAUAACCGCCUUUAGUGAUGAUAUUGUCAUGUAAUUAGAAAAUCUAUCAGUCAAAGGGAUAGGUGUGUGUUGUUCUGAAUUGUUUUUUUUUUUUUUUACUUGCAGCGACAGAUCACACGUUUCAGGAAUUUUGCAGCGGCAUCUUCAGUUUUAUCUGUAUAAAAUUACAGUUGCAAAAUAUAUAAGUGGAUUCUGCAUUGAUUACUAAUCACAGAACUAAUCACAGUUUUGUACCGCAUAAUAUCUUGUAGUAGGCAAAUUGAGUAAAUGCUAGAAAAAGAGCAGGCUACAAAAAGUAAGUGAAUUGUUACAUUUUAAAACCCAAGUCUGCAAUCUUCAACAAACUUACAUGUAUAAUUAAGGCAAUUGAGAUGGAAUAUUAGACCAUUUCUCUCUUUUGAAGUUUAAAAUAUAGUGGAACUCUUUAAAAAAGCUUAAGGUGCUUCAAAGAAAAACUUCACAGUUUCAAAUUGAAGUUCACCAUAAAGUUCUUUAUACAACAUGAACUUUCAACAGUGUAGUUCAAUAAAACAGUAGAUCAAUACUUCUGGGAUGUCUUGAAAGCCACUUCAUAAUAAGGGCUAAAAGGUCAUUACUUGCCUGUUCCAAAAAACACGCACAUCUGUACAUUCCCCACCCAUUCUCUAGCUGAUUUGCUUUGUAUGCUUUGGGUCAUUAUCUUGUUGCCUUACCCAAAGUCUCCUCAGCUUGAGUUCAUAGACCACUGCACUCAUAUACUCCCAUAAAUUGUUGUUGAUAGUUUGAAUUCAUACAUUGCUUCCCUUAAUGAUCACAACCAGUAAUGGCAGCAGUGCAGCCAAACCAUUUGGCUCCCCCUACCAUGCUUUAAAGUUUUUCCUCAUUCACCAAAUUCCCAACAAAGCGUGGGGCAUUUGGGGUAAAAUAAUUAGCAAUCAUAUCAGGAAGUCCAACUCUUGGAGAAUUAGCAACAGUCCUGAAUUUUCUUAAGAUUGGUAUAUAACCAAUCUUGAUGCUUCUUGCAUCUCUAGAACACGUCUUCUGAUAUAUAGUUUAUAUUAACUAUAUUGAGUAGAUUAGUCAUUAAUUCAGCUCUGUGUGGUUUUAUUUGUAAAAUCAGCUCUCACUAAUUGAAACAUCAUUUUAAAUGUUUUAUUUUGGAAAAGUCUAUAAAACAGAGGCUCACUUACUUUUUCUAGCCUGCCUGCACUGUGGAUGAGUAAUCAAUGCAGAAACCCAGGGUUUGUAGUAGGACUACUUGCAGCACUGUUAAAGGGGAAUUUCACCCAUUUCUUAAUAACGGUUGAGAUGUAAACAAAAUCAUUCAGAGUGGUUUUGUAAAGAAAUUCUCUCUAUUCUAUAUGUAGGCUUUAAGUCGUAAUUGCUCACAGUGGUGGUGAACAGAACCAGACAGUACUCUACUCAGUUGGAGGCCUACAACAGCUCUAAUGAACUAAAGCUAAGAAGGACAUAUUAAGGUUAACUAGUGGCUUUAGAAAGCCUAUUGACUAUUUGCACUUAUACUCUGAAUGACUUUGAUUACAUCAUUACAUAGAAUUCCUUUUUGUAAGAGUAGUCCCAAGAUAAGGCAGUGUUGCUAAAGGCUAAUGAGAGCUAAAAGAUGUUAGUUGUCGUUCAACUUUAAUUAGGAAUGUGCACAUUUUUGGUGGAGCUAUUAAUUUAAGGUAAGCAGAUCAUUAGGUUCACAUGCACAUAUUGUUUGUGGAGGCUGAAUGUAUCAAAUCAAAAUGUGUUACUGACUGGUUUACAUUAUUUGUUCAGGCAAUUUACAAAUAUGUUUGUUUUUUUCACAUAUGGUUCUUAAGCACUGUGAUUAAUAUUUAUGUAUGAAAUUGAUAAUUCUUCAUUUGUUUAGCACUACGCAGAUCUCUUAUGACUGGUUUCUGUGUUGCAUGUUAGCAUUUAUGGUAGCGAUACUUUUUAGGAAAAGAAAAGAAAGAAAAGGAAAAAAAAUGCAGCAACAUGUCAAUUCUGAAACUAAUUGAAGCAAAAAUGAAGAGAAAGGCGACGACGUAAAAUGUUCUAAAAUGAAUUACAGUAAUUAUUUGAGGACAGGUCCACUAUUUUUUGAGUGUUGUAGACUGUAAUGUUCAGAGGGCCUGGACAUUUUUCUGUAAAUAGAUUUGUGAAAGCUUUAAGUGAGAUUUUUUGAUACAGAGUGGUUGACAAUAAAAUGUUAACGAGUGAAAAUAAAUUCGAGAAAAUGAAUGGUUCAUUCAAGAAACUGAAUAAGCACACAUAAGCAAACUU